GCGUCGUGGAUCCGCUAUACCAACAAACCCACAAGCAGGUCCACGAGAUUCAGUCUCACAUGGGACGCCUGGAGACAGCAGACAAGGAGUCUGUGCACUCCGCGUCGACCAGUUAAAAUAUGAUGUCCAGCACCUGCAGAUGGCCCUCAGGAACUUUCAGCACCGGCGCUAUGCCAGGGAACAGCAGGAGAGACAGCGAGAGGAACUUUUGUUGCGCACCUUCACCACUAACGAUUCUGAUACCACCAUACCCAUGGAUGAAUCACUGCAGUUUAACUCCUCCCUCCAGAACAUUCACCACGGCAUGGAUGACCUCAUUGGAGACAGUACCAAGAAUCAAACCUAAGGCCUUGGACCUGCUAAGCACCCACUCUACCACUGAGCCCUAUCCCCAGCCCAAGAUCCCUCUUGAUGAGGGAACUCAGAAAAAGAUUCUUGACAUUGCCAACAUGCUGGGUUUGUCCAACACAGUGAUGCGGCUCAUUGAGAAGCGGGCCUUCCAAGACAAGUACAAGUACUUCAUGAUUGGCGGGAUGCUACUCACCUGUGCAGUUAUGUUCCUUGUGGUGCAGUACUUGACAUGAGCCAGCCACAUCCAGCGCUGGACAGCCUUCCCAUCGUGUUAAAGUGUAUGUGCGCACAUGUGUGUGUGCAAGCAAGAAUGGUGGGCUGGGCGGCAGCCUUUUGAAAUGUAUGCCUCAACUGUGAAGACACCCACCUCCAGGACUAAUUGUGACUUAGUAUCAAACCUGCUCUGUUUUCUGUGACAUCUGGAGAGGAGGAGCUAGGGUCAUCAAGAUGUGUGGUGCUUAGGAGUGGAUCAAGUUCCUUUUCUCUCGCUCUCACUGGGGCAGGGAAGGAAUGGGUUUGGUGGUCUGUCCGCAGGACUGGUACGCACCCUGGAAAGCUUCCAUCAUGAACCUUGCACACAAGACUGUCCACAUUGUUCACACUUUGUCCAGCCUUUGUGGUUCCUGAUGAGUGAACCGGAACACCUUCUGGGAUAGAUCAGUUCUCAUCCCUUUGCUUUUGCCACCGCCCCUUCCACCCCCACCUCCCACUCUCCCCUCCUACCCCCCCAAAAUGACUAACUGCUAACACUCAACAUCCAUCCCUGGAAGCAGCGACAUAAGUAUUGCUGUUAACAAGUAGGCAUUUCCAUGCUGUGGUUGCUGGGUGUUUGUCUUUCCUGAAGUGAUGCAGUGGUAUUCCCUGGGAGUGUUCAGUCUGGAGAUUGAAGACCUGAGUCACCAGUGUUUUUUCCAGUUAAUAGAGUACUUGACUCUUACAGUUCAGAACCUGCAGCUUGGCACCUCUGCCCAGGCUUCCAUGGCCCUUUGUUCCUCUGAAAGUAGUAAUAGCAAAGAGCAAUUUGUCAGUUACAGUCUCAUCUUUAGUCCUACCACUAUGAAUUCUUUGAGUUUCUGUUCCUUGAACUAUAUUAGCAAAUCUCCAUUUCCCCAGCCCUGUUAGGCCACCCUGGAGCUCUCUUGGCAAGUAUGUCUUCGUAAGAAUGUUUCAGGGACCAGGUAUCUGUUCCUUUUCCUCAGCUGUGAUGAAGACUGCAUACCUCAUGUAUUGUAGAAUUUGUUAGAGAAUUAGUCUGCCUUGAAACACAUUUAAUGUGAUUAAUCUCUGAGAGUACCAGAAAGAUCUGGGGAGCUUUUUUGUUCAUCAGUCACAGCCCCUGCCUAUCCUACCAAACUCUAAGCUUAGGAGCUCUUGCCUGGGACUAAAGGAGAAUUCCCCAGAAUUCCCCAGAACUGGAAACCUGGUCCGUAAUCAUCCUAACUUUGAUUGUCUUGCCCCAUCUACUUCCUGCCUUUGCUGCUUUAGUCUUCUGUCCUAUUUUCCUCCUCACAGUCCAUGUAACUUCCCACCUCCCAUACUCUCCUGUUGACUAGCAGCAGUAUUGGUCUCUUGGGUACGUAUGUGAACAAUGCCCCUUUUGAUAAACUCUACUGUUGGAGAUUUUUAGCAUGAAUUUCCUGGGUUCUAGUUUCCUACUUGUGGUCAGAUGCAGUAUCCACUAUCCUCUGCUCCUGCUCCUCUAGGCCAAAUGGGUCCUAGAUGGUCAGGAAGGAGGAAUCUUCAACCCUUGGGGAAGGAUUGGUAGUCCUGCAGAGUGAAAACAAUGGGCAGUAGCAGGGAGAGCUGGUUUACAACCUCUUCAGACCUAGAUUUCAUGUUGAGAGACAGCUUGAGAUUUUCUUCACACCCAGCACAAACCCUUGACUGGCCAGAAAGUGGAGUUUUGGUUACACAGAUUUGACUGUCCUGCGCCCUGGGCAUCUGAGGAUCCCACCAGACAUCCUGCUUUCAAGGAAGAUGUGCAAACCACAGCACAGCUAUUUGGACUCCCAACUUUGGUUGAAAGCUCCUGCCUUUCACUGGCUGUUAGGACAGAGAGUGUGCGCGCUCGUGUGUGUGUGUGUGUGUGUGUGUGUGUGUGUGUGUGUGUGUGUAGGUGUUUCCACACCUUAUAUAGUGAGCCUUGGCUUUGAUGGACUUGUCAUACCUUCACGGCCAAAAUAAACUUGAGUGGGGCUCUUCACUGCUUGGGACCAGUGGGUACCCAGCAGGCAAUCACCUGACUGCCCUCCCUCACAUUCCUGUCCCAUGCCUGGUGAGCAUGCCUUGACCCCAGCAGGGCAGCUGGCUCAGUCAGUGGAGGAAAAGAGCCCAGGCCAGGGAGGGAGCGCCCUCUAGUGAAGGUGGGAGUGCAUUCUUAGCAGAGCUCAGCAGCCAUUUAAGUGUGCCUGGCGUGAUUUGAAGCAGGUGGGAUGCCAGGAGGAACUAAAACCAUAUUAAGUGAUCAUAUAUUCCAGUUGUCACUUUAAGAAAAGCCAAACUCAAGAACCGAGUAAGUAGUUUUUACAGAAAGCUUCACUGGUGGGUUUUUCUCUGAAGCCAACUUGCCCUGUUGAAUUUAAAUAAGUUUGAGUAGUACAUUUAGAUUUAUGCCCCUUGUUUUGAAAGCGUGUCAGCCGAAUAAAGUUGGGAUUCAUUUUA